AUGCGCAUGAUACAGACGACGGACGAGGUGCCGAAUACGGACGCCCAACUCAACGACGAGGCGCUAUACCUAGUCGCCACGGUCGUCCGGGCAGCACCGAACCCACUCCAAGCGAGACAGGCCGAUGGCAUCCUCGCUUCGUACGACUAUGUCAUUGUCGGCUCUGGUCCCGGCGGUGGGCCCCUCGCUGCACGCUUAGCGAUCGCGGGGAAGAAGGUGCUCCUCCUCGAGGCCGGGGACGACCAGGGCGGAUCCAUUCCCUACCAAGUCCCGGCUCUCAACCUGCAAUCCACCGAGUAUGAGCCGAUGCGCUGGGACUACUACGUCACGCACCACCAAGACGCCGAGACCCAGAAAAAGGACUCGAAAAUGACAUACCGCACGACGAAUGGCGGUUUGUAUGUCGGCCUGCAGCCGGCGGCCGAUGCGGAGCCGUUGGGUAUUUUGUACCCCCGUUCUGGCACGCUAGGCGGCUGCGGGUCCCACAACGCGCUGAUUACGGUGUACCCCCAUGCAAGCGACUGGGAUAAGAUCGCUACACUGACGGGCGAUGCGUCGUGGAAGGCUUCCGCCAUGCGCACCUACUUCAAGCGGCUCGAGAGCGCCAGGUAUCUCCCCAACGGCAUCGUAGGCCACGGUUUCAGCGGCUGGCUCACUACUAGCGUCACGGACCUUGGACUGGUCAUCAAGGAUAUCAAGCUUCUCACGGUCAUCGGCCCCGAGUUUGUGCUCCAGACGGCAAAUGCCAAGAAUUCCGACAAUUCCCGAAAGUACCAUCUCGACAUCAAGCUCGACACUCUCGUUACCAAAGUGCGCUUCGAUCGGACCGAAGCUAAACCUCGCGCCGUCGGUGUCGAUUUUAUCACGGGAAAGAGCCUCUACAAGGCGGAUCCUCGUGCCAGGAACGAUGCCACAUUUGUCACCGGAUCUGUUAACGCUUCUGCCGAGGUUAUUCUCUCGGCCGGCGCCUUUAAUACACCCCAGCUCCUUAAGCUUAGCGGCGUGGGCCCCAAGAGUGAGCUUGAGAGUUUGGGAAUCAACGUAGUAGUCAACCUUCCCGGCGUCGGUACCAACCUGCAGGAUAGAUAUGAGACGACUGUCAUUGGUGAAACCGAAGGUGACUUCCAAAUCAUUGAAGGCUGUACCUUUGGUCGUUCGGGCGACCCGUGUCUGAAGAAGUGGCAGGCCGGCGCAUCAACCGGCGACCGCGGAAUCUACGGCUCGAACGGCGUUUCUCUCGGCAUCGUGAAGAAGUCGUCCGCUGCUACUACGAGCGACCCCGAUCUCUUCAUCGCGGGUGCGCCGGUUGCUUUCCCGGGCUAUUAUCCAGGGUAUUCAGCGGACGGAACCGUGGACCGAAAGCACUGGAGCUGGAUCACGCUCAAGGCGCACACUAGCAAUCGUGCGGGGACCGUUUGCCUGCGAUCUACGGAUCCCAGGGAUACGCCCAUCAUCGACUUCAACUCGUUCCAGCAAGGCGGAGCGGCGGAUGUCAAGGCCGUGGUGGAGGGUAUGAAACUCUCACGCAAGAUGUUCAAGGAGGUGAUUCCCAUUGCGGGGGUUCACCGAGGUAUGGCCCGGGCCCCAGGUUAG